UAUCCUGUUCGAGGACGAAAAGGGGAGCAAAUAUCCGACGGGUGACCACGACGAUAUUUUCCGUAUUGUGCGACUUCAAGUUACAACUUCAGCUCAAUUCGUCACAAGAGUGAUUGACGUAGGACUUCCGAACAGGUAAAAUGGAUCUGGAAGAUUAUCGCCGAUAUGGAAAGGAAAUGGUAGAUUAUAUCGCCGAUUAUCUGAGAGACAUCCGAUCUCGACGAGUAUAUCCAGCGGUCUCGCCGGGAUACUUGAGAAAUGUUCUGCCGGCGUCGGCCCCUGUAGACGGCGAGUCCUGGGAGGACAUAUUCGCCGACGUUGAGAAAUGCAUUAUGCCGGGUGUGACGCACUGGCAGAGUCCGCACAUGCACGCCUACUUUCCAGCUCUGAAUUCACCUGCUAGUCUGCUGGGCGACAUGCUGGCCGACGCAAUAAACUGUCUGGGUUUUACGUGGGCUUCCAGUCCAGCGUGUACUGAGUUAGAAACGAUCAUUAUGAAUUGGUUAGGUAAAAUGAUCGGUCUACCCGAAGAUUUUCUUCAUCAAUCGGGCGGCUCUGGUGGCGGUGGCGUCAUACAAACGACGGCUUCAGAAGCCACGUUGGUGUGUUUGCUUGCAGCCAGAACCAGAGCUAUUAGAGAUGUGCAGGAAAACGAUCCUGACUGUUUGGCGACAGAGAUUAAUUCGCGUCUAGUUGCAUACUGUUCGGAUCAGGCACAUUCAAGUGUGGAGAAAGCUGGCCUUAUAGGAUUAGUUCGAAUGCGAUAUAUUAAAUCUGACAGUGAAUUAAGCAUGAGAGGAGAUGCUUUACUUGAGUCACUAACACGUGACCGAGCUGAGGGCCUGCUUCCUUUCUUUGUAUGCGCAACUUUAGGCACAACUGGUGCAUGUUCCUUUGAUAAUCUGAAAGAAAUUGGACCGAUAUGUCAACAAAAUGGUUUAUGGUUGCACGUUGAUGCAGCCUACGCUGGUAGUGCUUUCAUAUGUCCGGAAUUUCGAAGUUGGCUUCAGGGAGUAGAGUUCACUGAUUCUAUUGCCUUUAAUCCUAGCAAAUGGCUCAUGGUCCAUUUCGAUUGUACAGCUAUGUGGGUAAAGAACAGUCAAGCGCUACACAGAACUUUUAAUGUCGAUCCACUAUACUUAAAGCAUGAAAAUUCAGGUCUUGCGAUUGAUUAUAUGCAUUGGCAAAUUCCUCUAUCCAAAAGAUUUCGGGCUUUAAAACUGUGGUUCGUUAUCAGGAAUUACGGAAUUACUGGCUUGCAGAAACAUAUACGAGAGGGCGUGAGACUGGCACAGAAAUUCGAAGCUCUGGUCUUGGCCGAUGCUCGCUUUGAAAUUCCCGCUCCGAGGCAUCUCGGCAUGGUGGUUUUUCGUCUUCUCGGAGAGAACACUUUGACAGAACGUUUGCUAAAGAAGCUUAAUUCGCGGGGUCGAUUACAUUGCGUGCCAGCAGCUUUGCACGGCAAAUAUGUUAUCAGAUUUACAGUUACCUCUACAAACACGACAAAUGAAGAUAUUCUAAGGGAUUGGGCAGAAAUACGAAGUACCGCUAAUGAAAUCUUGGGUGAUACUGCUCGAUCACCUAUACGAGCUAGAGUUCCUCUCGCAGAUACACGACAGAAGAAUGAAAAUUUUGGAUCGAGUUUAUUAUUAGCAAAUUCACCAAUGUCACCGAAAAUUGUAAACGGUAGUUUUGCUGCUAUAUAUGACACGGCUGAUGUAUUUGAAGAAUGCAUGAAAACUUUUGGGAAAAUUCAUCUUGAGGCAAAAGAUAGCCCAGCCAUACGUCGUCGUAUUCGCGGAAUAUUAAUGUCAGGUAAACAAUUUUCGCUGGAUUCUCGUAUGGAUCUCGUUCAGGGAUAUGUUUGCAGCCGUCCACUCUCGGAUUCUCCUUCCGAAUUAUCAUUAAUGAAAGAGGAUGAAGAUGCCGGAUUAAGCGAAUCAAUAUUUGAUGCAAUGGAAUCUGAAAAUGAUAAAUCAAUUGUUUACAAAAAUUGGGAGGAUUCUGAUAAUUCCGAAACAACUGAGAGGGAAUCAUCCGUCUCGAAGAGCGAUUCGAGUUAUACAGUAACGAAUGGUUCGUUCAUCAAUGUUGGUGCUAAAGAUAAUGGCGAUGACACAGUGACGAUUGCUUCGGCCGAUGUAGGCUUUCCUAGAAGUGAAACUAUAGCUGCUUUUGGACAUCGUCCUUAUACAGGCGAUCUAGUGCCUGUCCGAGUUUUGAGAAAAAAGUCAAUGAAAGAAAAUAAAGAAGACGAUGGCAAGGGGGAGCUCUGCAGAAAAUGUGGUCACUACUCUAAACGUCAGUAAUUAGUCCAAAAGUAUUCUUCAUACGUUAAAGAGCGUAUGAGCACUCGAAGCCAUUCUUAUAUUUUCGCAGAUUUAUCAAUUUAAAAUUAUUUUUACAAUAUAUCGCGUUAGCAAAUUAAGUUAAAUAUUAAGUGGAAUAACAAAUAAAUUACAUCAUCUUGGUAAAUAAAUUUCGAAAUUCGAGGGCAUAGCAAAUUUUAGAACAAUACAAAAUUAUUAUAGAAA